CCCUUGUUCGCUCUUGAUCUCUUCUUGGUGAUCCCGUGAGUGAAGUCUGCAUGGCCCUUCGAAGGGGUCUUCACAAGAUCAGCUUCAACAGACCCUUGAGCAUCAUGACUAGCUCCGUGACCCAUGCCGACUCUGCGAUCGAGCUUGACCCGAAAGAAUCCCUGUUCGUCAAACACCUCGACGAGUUUUCCCAGUCUUUGAAACCUGUGGUGGAAUGCCGAAUCGCAGGAGGGUGGGUCAGAGACAAGCUUCUUCGGCUUCCCUCGUCCGACCUCGAUGUGGCCCUGUCUACUGCUUCGGGCUAUCAGUUUGCCCUGAAUUUUGUCGAGCAUCUGAGAGCGCGAGACAUCUCGACAGGGACUGUCGGGAAGGUUGCAGCGAAUCCUGAGCAGAGCAAACACCUGGAAACUGGAACGACUCGUAUCAUGGACCUUGAAUGCGACUUUGUAGGCCUCCGGAGCGAGACAUAUGCAGAUAGUCGGAUACCCACAGAAGUUCGAUUGGGCACCCCUUUAGAGGAUGCCCAACGCCGAGAUCUUACCAUUAACGCCUUGUUCUACAAUGUGCACACGCGUCAGGUGGAAGACUGGACAGGCUACGGCCUGGCUGAUUUACGAAACCGAAUCGCUCGGACUCCUCUGCCGCCUCGUCAGACGUUCGUGGACGACCCCUUACGAGUGGUGCGCUGUGUCAGGUUUGCGAGCCGUUUUGAUCUCGUCAUUGAGGACGAAGUGAUGAGGGCUAUUGAUAGGGAUGACAUAAAGGUAGAGCUCCGUUCCAAGGUGUCCAAAGAGCGCAUAGGAAGCGAAACGCUCAAGAUCAUGCAAAAGACACCUCUACGAGGUCUGACCCUGAUCGACCGCCUGAACCUGCACUCGUCCAUCUUCACAUGCGCUGUGGAUCCUCCUCGUAGCGACGCCCUGACUGCCGGCAUGGUCCUGAGCGCUGUUCUUCCCCGCUUGAAGGUGGAACCGGAUGAGAUUCUCUGGCUUGCCGCAGCUUUGUACCCGUUUCGAGACCUGGUCGUACAAGGAAAAAAGCCCACACCUGCCGUGGCCAGCGUGAUUGGUGAAGGAUUAAAGCUGUCCAACGAAACUCGCGACGGGGUGACCAAGCUUUUCAUUGGAGCCAAAAUAGUUGCCGACAGUCUGGACGCAACUUCCCGGUCAACCUUAGGCUUGACCCUGAGACAUCCUAGUGUUCAACCGUUGUGGCAUAGGACUCUAUGCUGGUCAGCUGUAAUGGCGGUGAUGGAAGAGUGGUCUGGAGCAUGGGACGAUAAGUCAGAUGGCAUCUUGACGAGAUUCCUCGCAUUCGAAGACCGCGUGAGAGAGCUUGACUUGGAGCCAGAGAUCGGUCGACGGCCCCUUUUAGAUGGCAAACGAAUACAGGAAGUGCUCAGCUUAAAGCCUGGUCCAAUUCUGCAGAUCAUCACCGAAAACGUCGUGGCAUGGCAGCUUGAUCAUCCCGGCUCGACGCAGACGGAAUGUGAAGAAUGGUUGCGAGAGAGCUGGGAGGGGAGGAAACGAGUCGAAUGGGAGGCCACGGCGACCGUUAAGAAAAGGAAGUGACAUGGCUCUCUCGAUGUCAGGUUCGACUUGUAACGAUGAAU